UGUCGAUGAUGACAUGAUAAGAAAUGUCUUUAAAAGCCCUCUGACCAGGCUACUGAGGGGACACUUGAGAGUAAAACUGAGACACGAUGCUGCCAAUCCUGCUGCUGCUCCUGCCAGCCCUCAGUCCUGCUUCAGCCUGGAUUCCAGUGGAGGACUGGGAGUCGGGCAAUGUGACUGCAUCAGUGGGUGAGUGGGGUCAGUGCGUUUGUCAUGUGUAUCUGCCUGACACCACCUUUCCUGCCGACCGGGUCGAGCACAUGCAGCAAGUCAGCAAGGAUAUGAUCCUGGAAGUGGAAAUUCAAAUGAGCAAGAUGGUGACCUAUGAGGGUAAGUUGGAGGUCCACUUGAAGGAGCUUUCAGAGCUGACUAAGAGAGUGGUCAUGCUGGAGACUAGUGCGGACAGUUACAUCAAACUGGACUUUGAGCUGCUGAGGAUUGAGCUCAGAGAGUUUGAGGCUCUGGUGACCCAGCUCAAAGACUCGCUCAACUCCUCCUCGCCCAUGUUUGACAGCCUGUACACUGAGAUUCGCAACAUGACCCUCAUUGUGAACCAACUGGAGAGUUUUGACAAGAGCAACCUGGAGGUGAUCCGCAUUGAGUUCGCCAAGCUGCAGAGGAAGCUGGAGGAGUGCCAGAUAGAGCAGGAGCUCAUCAAGCCAGAUAUUGGCAACUGCAAUCACACGGGAAUCAUGAACAUCAGCAGACCAGUGGUGAUCCAAAUGAAUGCUAAUUUGGAUGCAGGCUAUGCAUACGGAGGCUGGGGUAAAGACUCCAAACCUCAGCGAGGCUCUGAGUCAAUGUAUUGGUACAGUGCAUACCAGAGUACCCAGCUGAGGAAUUUCUAUUUGUAUUCUAACUAUGACAACCUGCUACGGAGGUCUGCAUUCAAGUCCAUCAGCACAGCAUCAGGGUGGGUCGGGACCGGUAACAAUUACAUGGUUUACAAUAACGCUCUAUAUUACCAGAUCAACUCACCUUUCGGUAUGGCCAAACUGAACCUGACCACCUCCAGUUAUGGCCACAGAGUGAUCCCAACUGCCAGUUCGAGGUUCUCAUACAGUUAUUCAGCCAAUCAGAACUUGGACUUUGCAGCUGAUGAAAAUGGCUUGUGGGUAAUGUACGCCUCAGACCAGAGCAAAGGCAAAAUGGUCAUCGCUAAAAUAGAUCCGAAAUCUUUCGGCAUCGAGGACGAGUGGAACACCAAUGCAUUCAAACAGUUGGCCGGGAAUGCUUUCAUGGUCUGUGGAGUCAUGUAUGUCACCAGGUCAGUGGAUCUCACCACGGAGGAAAUCUACUACGCGUACGACACGAGGACCAACCAGGAGAAACACCUCAGCAUCCCCUUCCCCAAGUUCCAGGAGAAGUACAGCAACCUGGACUACAACCCCACUGAUCAGAAGCUCUACAUGUACAACAAUGGCUUCUACGUGUCCUACAAUGUGAAGUUUAACAAAGAAUGAUCCCUUCUCUUUAUGAUCUGCCGUAUUGUGAUUCAUACGUUUGAUCUGUAUUUACUCACUUUGUCACCGGAGCUCUGUUAUGCUCCGUAAGGCUAUGUAUUUUCCUUAAUAAAAUCCAAGUGAAGCAUUCAA